AUGGAUGAUCUUCGACAAUCUCAAGCAGAAAAACUUCAAGAGGCAUUAGAUAUGGGAGAAAUUGAUACUGGCAAAUGCUUAAAUCAAGAACUUGGUCUAGCUAGAGCUGCUGAUACUCGUUGGGGAUCACACUAUAAAUCUUUUAAGAACUUUAUUUAUAUGUUUGACUCUAUUAUUGAUGUUCUAGAUACUAUCGUUGUUGAUGCUCGGUCUUUAGAAGAAAGAGCUAAGAAAGAACAUGAUAUUGCAAAUGGUGUUCUACUUGUUGAUGUGGCAAGGAAACGAUUGCAAAGGCUAAGGGAUGAAGGAUGGGAUCCACUUAUUGAUAAGCUUGCGACUUAUAUCGUUGAUAUCCGUGAUGUUGAUGAAAGGUUCUCUAAUUUAAAAGGACUUUGUGAUCUUUCUGAAAAGCUAGUUAAGACAAAGAAGCAUUUGAAUUAUCCAUUUUUGUUUCGCCGAGUAAAAUUUGCGUUGCUCCUGCCAGUUGCCACUGCUACAGUUGAAAAAGCUUUUUCCACAAUGAAGUUGAUCAAGAGUGAAUUGUGA